AUGAUCUCCACAGCGACCCGAACCACGGCGACGGUCAGUCCCCUCACCCCGUCGCCGCUCAAUGGCUCCAUCGUAGCCAAUGGAAGUCCAGCACAGUCAACGCACUCUGGCUUUGCUGCGGCCCUCCGUAAACUGGCGAAACAGGCUGAGGAACCUCGAGCUGCCUCUUCCAUCAGCAGUGAAUCCUCUCCAGUGUCGUCGCCCGCCACCAACCACAGUUCUCCAGUGAGUACGCCCAAGAGAGGUCCCCUUGGUCCAGGCUCAGUGCUGGUCCCCUCUGUUGGUCACAGUGUGCCAAACACUCCACCUGUUGUCACCAUCGCCCCAACAAAAACGAGCAACGGCCUCUGGAGGAGUGAAUGUCGACAGGCUGACUCGGGCCCCCGUGGAGCAAGCAGGGAACGCCUGGGUGCUGAGGCUGCCCUCCCGCAGGAAAAGCCUGGCCACCCUGUCACAGCACAUCUCAUAGGAAACCCAUAUGCCUUUGGACUGCCUCCUGGUUCGGUCAUGCAGGAUUCACGUUUCCAGCCCCUUAACUUGCCCCGACAGUUGCCUAAUGCAGUGCCCACUGGCCCUGUGCCUGAAGAGUACCUCCGUGGGUUCCGACCCUAUGGAUCUGCUGAAGAAGCUCUCCGAAUGCCCUCAUUGCCCUUGGGCCUGGACCCAGCCACCGCUGCUGCAGCAGCAGCUUACUACCACCCCAGCUACUUGCCGCACCCGUCUUUUACACCAUAUAGGAUGGAUGACCCGUUUUGCCUUUCUGCUUUGAGGUCGCCUUUCUAUCCGCUUUCGGCAGGGGGAGCAUUGCCACCCAUGCACCCCUCAGCUGUCCAUAUGCAUCUAUCUGGCGUCCGCUACCCUGGAGACUUCACACACUCUUCACUAUCAGCAUUGCAGACAGAGAGGCUUCAGCUUGAGGAAGAGUUACGGCAGAGAGAGCGGGAACGUGAGCGGGAGCGUGAAAAAGAGAAGGAACGGGAAGCUGAAAGGGAAAAGGAGCGGGAGAGGGAGAGGGAACGAGAACGAGAGCGGGAACGGGAGAGAGAGAGGGAAAAGGAGAUGGAGAGAGAACGAGAGCGUGAACGAGAGAAGGAGAGAGAGAAGGAGCUGGAGAGGCAGAAGGAGAGGGCACUAAGGGAGAAGGAGCUGCAAGCCUCUAAGGUCAUGGAGAGUCACUAUGUGGUGGAUUUUCACGGCCUCAGAGGACAAGAAGACCGAACAAAGCCUGAAAGACUUACUCCAAAUCGGGCUGAUAAAACCAAAGAACCCAGCCUCCCUGCACCCAAACCUGUACCACCUGGACUCCACUCUAUGGCGCCACCUCACCAUUCUCUUCCUCACCUCUACAUGGGGCCUGGUGCUGUCGGGGCAGGUGUUUUGUCCACUAUGAUCACUCCAAGGAACAAUGAGGAGGAAAGGUGGUUAGCACGGCAACGCAAGCUCCGUCAAGAAAAGGAGGACCGUCAGUAUCAGGUGUCUGAAUUCCGCCAGCAGGUCCUGGAGCAGCACUUGGAUCUGAGCCGUACCGCAGACACGGAUCACAGGACAGACCCUCAAAGAUGCAUUUCUAAUCAUCAAGAACCAGGAAGCCGGGAUCUCCACGCCCACUUAGGCGCCCCUCCACCUCUCAUUUCUCCCAAACCCCCUCUGUUCCAGCGUGAGCACCACCCUCCGCCUCCCACCACACUGUGGAACCCUGCAUCACUAAUAGAAACAACAUCAGAGUCCAGACGAAACCAUGAUCCCUCAGGAAUGGGACACUAUGAACGGCUGCCUUCAGGGCACUCAAAAUAUGAAGACUCCAGCCGCAGAAGAGAGGGAGGUGUUAUGGAGAAGUAUCCACCAUUGAGAUGUCCCCCUGGCUCAGAGCAAAGCACCUUUCUUGCAGAUUUAGAAAAGUCUACCCAGUCAUUUUUUAACCAGCAGAGGGCGUCGUUGUCCCUAGUAAGCCAGUAUGAAUUGGAGGGAGCCAUAAAAAACAAAUCCAUUCAGGGGCACAGUAGACUGGGCCAAGCCAUAGGAAUCAUCUCUGGCUCAGCUGUGGGACAGGCCGCCUCAGUCGGGGUCAGCCAAGAUAUGGCACUGGUUUUCGAUGAGUUCCUUCAACAGCAUCGAAGACCUGUCAGCAAACUAGACCUGGAGGAAAAGAAAAGAAGAGAAGCCAGAGAGAAAGGUUACUACUAUGAACUGGAUGAUUCCUACGAUGAGAGUGAUGAAGAAGAAGUCCGAGCUCAUCUCCGCAGAGUGGCAGAGCAGCCGCCUCUCAAACUGGAUGAUUCCAAUGAGAAAUUGGACUUCUUUGGAGUGGUUGGGCUGACCACAAAGAACCACCGAGAUGAGGUUGUUCAGCAGAAGAGAAGGAAGCGGAGGCGGAUGCUUCGAGAGCGCAGUCCCUCACCUGCAUCACCUCUGAAACGCACCCCUCCACCACAGCUCUGCACACGCUUCACCCCCGAGGAGAUGGACCAGGCCCCAGAGCUCGAGGACAAGAAGAGAUUCCUCACCAUGUUUCGACUAUCGCAUGUAACAGUGCAGCAACGCUUAGAUAACGAAAGGGUGACGGAGCUUCUUCAGGCGAUUAAAGAAAAGAGUAUAACAUUGGAUAACAUCAGACAUGCUUCUCACCCUCUGUGCAAAAGUCCUCCACUACAUGUUCCUGAGUGCCAGCCCGUCUCUGAGUCAGAAGAAUGUGCCGGUGUUGGACCACACAGUCCCAGUCCCACCGUACAGCGCCCAGCAUCCCCCGGGGGCCACUCCAAACCUCAUGGGGACACAGUAAGACCAAAGGAACCCCCUUCCCCAGCUCUCUUUCCGGACAAGUCCCGGGGGUCUGGUGAGGGACACCUCAUUAAGAAGAACUCCAGCCUCUUGAACAGCUUGCGCACCCCGCACUCCCUGCAGGCAAAAGAAGGCCAUCACAGCAUCAACGGUCGCACCAAGUCCUGGGACAGUUUCACACCUGAGGGAUUUGCUCAGCAGUUUCAUGAAUCUGUGCUUCAGUCUACACAGAAAGCUCUACAGAAGCAUAAAGGUGGCUCCGGUUCAACAGACUCCCACCUCCUGGAGACAUCAGUCCAUUACAACAUUCCUGAGCUCCAGAGCACUCCAGCACGACCAGCGCAAUCACACACAAACUCAGUUUCUCGCACAGUCCGACACACUCAAGCCAACGGCCAGCACUUCAGUGGAACCACACACCGGGAAACCUCAGGGAGAAGAGAGGACGUGUCCGGUCCAGAAGAUUCUGACGCAGAUGAAGAGGAGGAGGAAGAGGCACCUCCUUCUAAGUGGCAGGGGAUAGAAUCUAUCUUUGAAGCAUAUCAGGAGUAUGCUGAAGAGCGAAACCUGGAGCGUCAAAUAUUGGAAAACCAAUGUCGGCGAUUAGAAGCUCAGAACUACAACCUGAGCCUCACUGCUGAGCAGUUGUCCCACAGUAUGGGGGAGCUUGUGUCUCAGAGACAGAGGUUGGCAGCAGAAAGGGAGAAGCUGCAAGCAGAAUUGGAACAUUUUAGGAAGUGUUUGACACUACCACAGACACAAUGGCCUAGGGGCAGCCAUUACAAAGGUUACCCUCCCAGGUGA